CGCCGACACUCCUCGAAGCUCCACUUGCCCCCCUUCGGAGCUUUCCGUUCUGACAGGCUGACCGGAUACUUCAAUUGCUUUGUCACCUGAUCAUGCAGUGAAAUUGUUUUGUCUCUUCUCUCCCUAGAGAUCUCACAGUCCCUCUUCCACCUUGCACCAUGGUUGCAGCACAGCCUCGCCCGUAUCGGCGCAUCUUGACCUCUGCGCUGCACAGACGGUUCGUUCAUGCGUCGGCACUGGCGCUUUUGGUCUGCUAUGUAGUGGCAUUCGCUAUUGGGGAUAAAUCGUCCUUCUUAUGGGCUUGGUUCCCCGUUGGAGGAUGUGGAAUUCGCACAGUUCUUCUCUUCCUAUGCAGUCUCGUCGUCUUCGUCCUCCGUGUUGGUCAGAUGCACAUCGGUGCCAGGACAACCUCCUCCCCACUCAGCACCUUCAAAUACCUCGUUCCCCUCGACGUUAUACAGACUUUCGGCUGGUACUUGUUCUCCGCCUGGUGGUUCAGUGAAAUCUACAGGUGGUCUUCUUCAAGUACUGCACACCUUGAAUUGGUGAAUAGAGCUAGACCUCACGAACGAGCAAGCUUGAACGAAAGAGCGAUCUAUCUUUAUGCCUAUCACUUUCUCCUGGCAGUCUCGCAAUCAGUGGCGCAUCUUUAUUACGACUACGAUCGUGUCCCUCUUCCCGUUGCCAGGAGGGUCGCUGGCUCCGCUGAUGAAGGUAGCCGGCAGGAGCAAUCGAUCUCCAAACGCCUUCAGUCAGCGUUACCGCAGAUCAUCAAGGAUGGCUUGAAACGGAGUAUUCUGGUUGCCAUUAUUUGCCCGUUCGCAUACGCAUUCGUCCUCCGACGCCCGGCAUGGCGCACCACUUUGUUCUUCGCAAAGCUGUUUUGGGAUUUCCCGAGAUCUGCCGCAAGCCCUCCCGGUGUUAUCCCGCCAAUCUUCGGAGUUAUCGUGCGCACUUUGAUCUCAGGAGGCCUCCUAGUUCUCUGCUGGCAGACAGCCAACCUCUUUUUCUCUGUGUUCCUCAGCAAAGAGCCACUCAAGCGAGGCCAGCCUCUGACGGCUGAAGCCAAGGAUCCCAACGGCAGCCUGCUGAAUGGACUAAAAGCAAAGAAGGAAACUGUUCGCGCGUUCGCAUUCUGGGAGCUGUACUUCAUCAGCCAGAGAUUUCCUGAUCGUCGGAAAGCCAUCUUCAACGACAUCGAUCGCGAGGAGGGGGCAGCUUGGUCGCAAAUUUUGCAAGCCGCCACAGAUGUGAUCACGGGCGUUACCACUCGCAUCAGCGAGGCCAAGAACCCAUCAUCUGGCCCUAAGCCUGCGCCAGUCCAGCAGUCAGAGCCCGUCCUUCACUCCCUGCCACGGUUGACAGAUCCCCCUAAAGCGGACAACAUCUUCGCUCCGUCUCCCAAGGCUUCAACCCGCCAACAGAAAAUCGGCGAAGCCUUCACCACCACCGCUAGAGCUUACGGCAACUCCCCAGACUGGACGCCUACCGCACGCGCCAGGGCCCGCGAGGUCUUGGACCGCGCCUCCUCCGCCAUGCUGAGCCCGGAACGCAAGCAGAAGCUGCUCGGUUCCUCCCAGGAGCUCAAGAUGCUCACCGCACCAUCAACCAGCAAGCCCGAGAACCUGCAUCCCUUCCUCGCUCAGCUCCUCCGCUCCCCACUAGGCCGACUCUUCCGUCAAACCUACGCUCGUCGCCUCUCUGGCAUUGUCCUCGGCACACCCCACGCAACCAUCUGCUCCGUCAUCGACGCCACCGAAUCCCUCACCUGCCUUCUCAUCAAGAGUCUCGCGGAGGACCAAUACGGCAAGGUCCAAGCCGACGUGGCCACCGUCGUACGCCUCCUAACCGAUACCAUCACGACCCUCGAACCUUUUAUCAACGGCGGCCUCGACGCCCACUGGACUGACGUCAACUUCCCCCCAUCCAGCAACCCGGAAGCACAAGCCGCGGCUCGCCGUGUCCCCGACGUCGACCUCGUCCUGGACACGAUGAAGGCAUCCCUGAAGGACCUCCUGUCCUCCUUCGGUCCUUAUUUCAAGAACCUCGGUCUUGGACCCAAGGACUUGCGACUGGCCAAGGAAGCUGCCGGUGUCGUGGAAGAGGAUCCCUUUAUCUAAGGGCAGUGCGCGUAGGCGCAGACAUGUAGUGUAUGUAUUGCUUGGGGGUUCUGAUUCGGGAGUUGGAGUGUGUCCUUGCUUGUUUACUUGACCGUUUUUUAUAACAUCACAUGAUUCACAUUCAACUUGGACCAGA